AGUCGCAGUAACGAGAGGCGUAAAUUCUCGCUACGAUUCGGUGAAUCGACGCCGCGAAGUAGUCGUUCCCCUGUUUCGGUUAAGAUAAGAGGUGGUUAAAUGAAUAUGACACAGUAUAUUGACAGAGCAAGGAAAAUGAGCGACGAACAUACCUACAAACUAAUCUACUUCAAUGCCCGUGGUCGUGCCGAACAUAUACGGUACAUAUUUGCAUAUACUGGCAUCGAGUAUACCGACGAGAGGAUCCCCGAAGAACUCUGGCCUGAAUACAAGGAUUGUAAGCGUGAAGAAUCGAUUUUUACUUUCAUCGUUCAACUCUCAGCAAUGCCUUAUAAAAAGCUGCCUGUGCUGGAGGUAGACGGGAAACCGGUAGCGCAGGGUAACGCUGUGGCGCCUUACUUGGCGAGGAAGUACGAUCUAAUGGGAAACUGCAAAGGGGAUGCGCUGAUAUGCGAAGUGCUCGUCGAUACUCUUGAAGAUUUGGAGCAAGACGACAUGGGCGGACUUCGUAUUUGCAGCGGCCCUUGA